GAGCCGUACGGGAAGACAUAAUUUGUAGGAAAAACGGGAAGACCAGGUUACGCUAAAUCUUGGCCUUUCCUGGAGUAGAGCAGAGUAUCAAUGGCUAACUUGCACUCACUCUCACUGAUGAUGCUUGGGAGCUGCAGGUCGGUUUGCGAGGUUGCAAGGCAAGAAGGAUGGGAAAAAGGAAAGAUCUAUGUUCUCCUCUCUCCGUGGGUUUGAAUUGGAUUUUCUCAAGCCGCUUCCUCCAUCAAGGACGGGCAUUUCACAGCAUUCAAGCUCGUCACUGGCAAUUUCAGCGAGGGGCUCAACUUUAGCAGCACAAGCCACGACUGCAAAGUCAAAGCCCUUCUUUUUCGCUUUGGCUUCACAGACAGUUUUGUUGAUCAACCAACUUUGCUUCAGUGUUGCUAGAACAACUUUAAAACAUUUUAAAAAGAAAUGGGUCCCUUGUCUGCCAUUAUUAGUAGAGGGAAGUAGGAAGAAAACAAAAUGACGGUGAACAGCGGGUGAAGCGCGCAAGCUUGAUGGCGAUGGAGAUGGUGAGGAAGGGGACCGACAAUUUGGAAUAAUUUCGCCCUUUUGACGGGGCUUCCCUGACACUGCCUAAAGAGAUGCCCACCAAGACAAAAGCCAUCUCGAAUCUAACUAGAGUACUUAAUACUUAAAAAAUCUUUUAUUCACACCCAUCAUUUGAAGCUGGUGUUCUGGACAUAAGAACUCUUGUUUCCUCUCCGCUCAGUACACUUUGUUUCAAACCAUCCAGGCACUCUUGUUUAAUCCUGUACCUCUCCCGAACCAAGCCAUGCCCAUCGCGGAGCUCUUUCUUGGCGCCCUUCUUCCGGUGCUGUUCGAGAGUUGGCCUCUCGCGAGCUGCUCAACUUUGCACGCCGUGAGGGGAUCGAUAAGCUGAUGAAGAAAUGGGAGAAGAUGCUGAUCAGCAUCAACCAGGUGCUGGAUGAUGCAGAGGACAGGCAACUGACCGGCCAUCUUGGGGUGAAGUUGUGGCUCGAAGAUCUCAAGAACUUGGCCUACGACAUCGAAGACUUGCUUGAUGAGUUCGCCACAGAGUCUGUGGAAAAUAAGUCCAAGGCAAAACCUGGCACUAGCAAGGCGCGCUCCCUUCUUCCGAGUUGUUGCUUAAAAUUGAGCUCGAGAGCAUUUAUGUUUGACCGUAAAAUGAGAUCCGCGAUAGAAGAGAUGGAUGACAGAUUGAAGGAUGUCAUCACUCGGAAAGAUACUCUGAAUUUGAGAGAGAAUAAGGGGAAUCGAUUAGCAUACCCCCGACAGGAUGAGCCGCAUACCACCACGCAUUUGCCCGAGCCUGGUUUUGUUAGUAGGGAGAAUGAAAAAAGGGAGAUCCUCGACUUACUGACAGGAGAACAUGAUGAUAGAACAUGUGUGGAUCUAAAAGUGAUUCCCAUUGUAGGGAUGGGGGGUGUUGGGAAGACAGCUCUCGCUCAGCAAGUCUACAAUGAUGCUAGAGUCACUGGCUACUUCGAUGCAAAAGCAUGGGCUUGUGUUUCCGAUAAUUUCGACAUGCUUGCUAUUACAGAGAGAAUCCUGGAGACAACUAGUGGCAAUUUGUCCUGUGAAGAUAAGGACCUGAACUGGCUUCAAGAUAAGCUCAAAGAAAACCUUUCAGGGAAAAAAUUUCUUGUUGUUUUAGAUGAUGUUUGGAAUGAGAAGUAUGGAAACUGGACUGCCCUUUUGAAGCCUUUUCAAUCAGGAGCGAAGGGAAGCAAGAUUAUCGUCACGACUCGAAACAAAGGCGUUGCUUCAGUAGCCGGUGCUUCACCCUAUUAUCUCAAAGAGUUGUCAGAAGAUGCUUGUGUGACUUUGUUCGCAUUUCAUGCCCUGCAAGUAGAAAAUUUCGAUAGUCAUCCCCAUCUUGAAGAAUUAGGUCGGAAAAUAGUGGAAAAAUGCAAAGGGUUGCCAUUAGCCGCGAAGACAUUGGCCGGGUUGCUACGCGGCAAAUACGAUCCCCAAUAUUGGAAAAAUAUAUUGAAGAGCCAAAUUUGGGACCUACCGGAAGAAAGAAAUGAGAUUCUUCCGGCUUUGAAACUUAGCUAUCUCCAUCUUCCAUCUAAUCUAAGGAGAUGUUUCGCUUAUUGUGCUAUAUUUCCCAAGGACUAUGAAAUUGAAAGGGACGAGUUGAUUCGCUUGUGGAGUGCAGAGGGCUUCUUGGAGGGAAAAGAAGGAAAGAAUCGUUGGAAUGCAGGUUUGAAUUAUUUCGACGAGCUCGUAUCUAGGUCGUUAUUUCAAAAGUCGAGUAGCAAUAAUUCACGAUUCUUGAUGCAUGAUCUUGUGAAUGACCUGGCAAAGCUAGUUGCCAGUGCAACCUAUUUUAGCUCAAAGGAGUUUGAGUCUGAGGGUGAUCAAAGUAAUGCAUUUUUAGCUCGUCAUGCCUCAUUUAUUUGUAGCAAUCGUAUUGUGCCACAAAGAUUAAAGAUAUAUCAUGGAAUGGAGAGACUUAGGAGUUUCAUAUCGAUAGAGAAAUCAAGGUACUAUGAUAGGUCCUAUUUGUCCAAGAAAGUGCUAUGUGACUUGUUGUCUGGAUUGAAGUAUUUGAGGGUGCUUUCAUUAAGUCACUAUUACAUCAAAGAGGUACCGGAUUGCAUAGGCAAAUUGAGGCACCUAAGGUUCCUCAAUUUGUCGUAUACUGAUAUUGAAACGCUUCCAAAGUCGAUUGUUGCAUUGAACACCCUAGAGGUUUUGAUAUUGCAGGGCUGUCAAAACAUUACCGAAUUACCGGAAGGUAUGGAGAAACUGAUCAAUCUGAAAUGUCUCGACAUUUCCGACACUUCAAGCCUGAGAGCAACGCCUCUGUAUAUAGGUAAUUUGGUGGAUCUUGAGAUGUUGUCCAAAUUUAUAGUGGGAAUAGAAAAUGGGUCGAGAUUGAAGGAGUUAAAAAACCUGAAUAACCUCGAAAGGGAAUUGUGCAUCUUUGAUUUGCAUAAGGUUCGAGAAGCCGGAGAUGCCAAGGAUGCCAACUUAUGCAUGAAGGAGGGAAUAUGCCAGUUGAACAUGCAAUGGUGCAAUGAUUUUGAAAAUUUCCGGGAUGAAGAGCUUGAAGCGGAAGUCCUGGACUUUCUUUGCCCUCACCAAAACCUUGCAAAUCUCGAAAUAUCCUACUAUGGUGGCCUAGAAUUCCCGUCAUGGUUAGGAAGCCCCUCAUAUGUUAACAUAGUACAUUUACGUCUACAAGGGUGUCGUAGGGCCAAAGCAUUACCGUCACUCGUCCCUCACCUUGAGAAACUGGUCAUUCGGGAUUGCCCUAUGUUGAUCGGGAGAUUUCCUAGUCAACUAAGUUCCCUCAAAAAGCUAGAAAUCAACUCCUGUCCAAGUAUGGAUGCCUCGCUCUCUACCACGAGCCUUCCAUCUCUCAAGAAAUUAAAGUUGGCAGGUUGUAACAAGGGGGUGCUGGAGAGUUUGGUAAACCUCACAUCUCUAACCGAUCUUGUCAUAGAAGUUGAUGACCUGACUUACUUAAAUCAUGGGUUUACAAGCUCCUUGAUCAAACUAGAGAAGUUAGAGAUGCAAUGUUGUCACAAGUUGAGGUACUUGUGGCAAGACAGUGAUGUAAUCCGAGAUCUCGCUUGUCUAAAGAGCUUACUCGUCAAUAAAUGUCCCGAAUUCCUAUCUUUUGCGGCCGGAGAAGGAGAAAUACAGCUGCCCGGCAACUUCGAGAUUAUUGGGUUGAGGCAUUGCGACAAUUUAGAGAAGCUCCCAAGCAAGAUGCACACCCUCUCCUCUCUUAGAGACUUGACCGUCCUGGACUGUCCAAAACUCGUGUCCUUCCCUGAAACAGGUAUAUCAACGUCAGUGACAUCAUUAGCCAUUAUGAAAUGCGAGAUGUUGCAAUCUUUACCGAGAGGAUUGAGAAUUCAUUCGGAUGAACCAAGCAGUGGCGGCAAUACCCGCAUUGACAUGACGUCUUGUCUGCAAGAAUUAAGAAUCAACGGAUGCCAUUCUCUGCCAGCCUCUUCCUUUGGCGAGGAUAGAUUUUUACCUGUGACCCUCAAAACACUUGAGAUUAGGUUAUGUAAUGGAGUAGAGUCGUUCGCGGAGAUAAAUGUAGACCGUUUUCAGUCGCUUCAAACGGUUGUAAUUAUGGAUUGCGAGAAUUUGAGAAGCUUACCCCAGGGCCUACACACACUGUCCCAUCUCACUUCCUUGACAUUGGGCAAAUGUCCUGCUCUGGAGCUGGAGUGCUUCCCUCCACUUCCUAUCAGCAUCUCGAGCUUUUCGCUUGAGAGUAGUCCCAAGAUAACAUCGUUACCUAAUCAGUUGCAUCGACUUCCAUGUCUCCGUGAUUUCGAAAUUUCGGAGUGUGAGAGUAUUACGCGCUUCCCCGACGGAGGAUUGCCCCCCCAGCUACAGGAACUUACGGUAAUGAGAUGCGGGAAUAUGAAGCAGCCGGUGAGGGAGUGGCUUACCCCCCUCACCUCGCUUGAAAUGCUGAUCAUCGACGGCAGCGUGGGAGGAUUGGGAGAGGAGGAGGAUCUUUGGCUUCCGCUCCCUUCCUCUUUGCUCCGUCUCGGAAUCGUAGAUAUGCAGAAUGCGGAAAGACCGUCGAGCAGUUUCCCUCCCUCUCUCCGGACCUUAUGGAUCGUCGGAUGCCCGAAGCUGAGGGAGUUGCCCCUGGAUGGCCUCCCUCCCUCCCUAGAAGUUCUCUGGAUCCGUGAAUGCGGGAUUCUGGAGGAGCGAUGCAAGAAGGGGACCGGCCGCUAUUGGCCCCUCAUCCGCGAAAUCCCGCAGGUCAGAUUCACCGGUGACCCACCCCGGUCAAUUACUUAAAAGGAGGAUUCGGACUCGAAUAUUAUUAUAUGCGCGGGAAGAGAUGGGGGCUUUGAUGUCUGAGCUUUGGCCUUUCGAAAAAGGGUUUCGUAUUUUUAGACCCAAAUAUUAUUAUUACUACGUUACUCUUUA